AUCCAUUGACCACCACAGAAACAAUGCCACUGCCACUGCCACCACUCCUCCGUCGAUCUCUUUCCCCCUCCGUCGUCUCCUCCUUCUUCCUCCGUCGCUCAAUGGCUUCCUCAGCAAUCUCCUCCGAUCCAAUCACCCCAUCAAACACCAAAAUCGGAUGGAUCGGAACCGGAGUCAUGGGCAGAUCAAUGUGCGGACACUUGAUCAAAGCAGGGUACACCGUCACAGUCUUCAACCGAACCAUCUCCAAAGCUCAGACACUCAUCGACAUGGGUGCUAAACUAGCAGACUCACCAAACUCAGUCGCUGCUCAAUCCGACGUCGUUUUCACCAUCGUUGGUUACCCUUCCGAUGUCCGUCACGUCCUCCUCGAUCCAAAGUCCGGUGCUUUAUCCGGUCUCAGUCAAGGAGGCGUCCUCGUCGACAUGACUACUUCAGAGCCUUCUUUAGCCGAGGAGAUAGCUAAAGCUGCUUCCUUUAAGAACUGUUUCUCAAUAGACGCUCCUGUCUCAGGUGGAGAUUUAGGAGCUAAGAAUGCUAAGCUAUCUAUAUUCGCCGGAGGUGAUGAGACCACCGUGAAACGUUUAGAUCCGUUGUUUUCGUUAAUGGGUAGAGUCAACUUCAUGGGAACAAGUGGGAAAGGUCAGUUUGCGAAAUUGGCUAAUCAGAUUACAAUUGCUUCGACUAUGUUAGGGCUUGUUGAAGGGUUGAUCUAUGCUCAUAAAGCUGGACUUGAUGUUAAGAAGUUUCUCCAAGCGAUCUCUACUGGUGCUGCUGGUUCGAAGUCUAUAGAUUUGUAUGGAGAUAGGAUUCUGAAUAGGGAUUUUGAACCAGGGUUUUAUGUGAAUCACUUUGUGAAAGAUUUAGGGAUUUGUUUGAAUGAGUGUCAGAGGAUGGGAUUGGCUUUGCCUGGAUUAGCUCUUGCUCAACAGCUUUACUUGUCUCUUAAGGCACAUGGUGAAGGUGACCUUGGUACUCAGGCUCUUAUCUUGGCUCUUGAGCGUCUCAACAAUGUCUCUGUUCAACCAAUUGUCUCUUGAUUUUUGGUUUUGUUGCAUUUUCUGAUAUGUGUCUGUUGCAUUUUCUGUUACUCUCAUAUGUUACUAGAACAUGAUCUAAUGUUGAUCUGGAGAAAAGAAAUAAUACACAUGAAGUUUCAUUGGAACUUGGUUGAAGAUUCA